AAGAUUUGUGGUGUUAUCAAUGAAGGAACAUGCAAUAGAUUAGAUACAAGCAACGAGAGGAAAGCAGCGGGAUCCUUAUUCGUCACAGUUCAGGUGAGGUGGUCUGGCAAGACAUUUUACAGAAGCAAGCAAAGAUGAAGUUUGAGGAUAUUCUCUCAGAGAUCAAUGGUUUUGGAACCUUCCAGAAGACUUUGCUGAUAAACAAUUUCAUAGGACGCUUUGGCCUUGUUUGCCACUUCAUCCUGAAUAUCUUUAUUAACGUCAUUCCGUCUCACCACUGUGACUUCGACGCUCUGGAUGCUGACGGUGUUUUUGGGAAUCUGACUUACGAGCAGAGAUUGACUGUCAGUAUUCCACGACGUGAAGAUGGAACCUUUGACUCCUGCCUCAUGUUCUCAGAACCUCAGUUUGACCUGCUGAGGAACUCGUCCAGUCCCACAGAACCUCCUGUGGUCCCGUGCCAGAAUGGAUGGAUAUAUGAUAACAGCACGUUCACCAGCUCUCUGGCCACUCAGUGGGAUCUGGUAUGUGAGAAGGCUGGGAUGAAUAAAGCUGUGGUGACCAUCUUCUUCCUUGGGGUGACGCUUGGAGCAGCUGCAUUUGGCAGCCUAAGCGCUACAUUUGGUCGUAAGAAGAUGCUCCUGGUGUCGUACGUCUCAGCGAUGGGCUUUGCGUUGGUCAGCGUCUUCUCUUCCUCCUUCACCAUGUUUGCAGUGUUGAGGUUCUUCACUGGGUUGAGCAUCACUGGCAUCGUCAUCAUCUCCACUAUACUCAAUGUGGAGUGGGUGGACAUUGAGCACAGGAAGCUGGUGGGUGUGAUUGACAGCAUGUCAUGGACCUUUGCUAUCAUGUGCUUCUGUCUGAUUGCCUACUGCAUUAGAGAGUGGAGAUGGCUGACUGUGGCUGUGACUUUACCAAUCACCGUUUCCAUCAUCUCCUGGUGGUGGAUUCCAGAAUCUGCAAGGUGGCUAAUAGCUAAUGGGAAGGUGGAAGAAGCUCAUUAUUACCUUCGGAAAUGCGCUGUCAUGAACCGCAGAGAGGAAUUCGUCUCCAGCAUCAAACCUGAGGUGCUCUCCAGUAUUGUGGGCACAGACGGAGAAAACAAGAAGUACUCAUAUUUGGAUCUGGUGAGAACUCCUAAGAUGAGACGACUGGCCCUAAAGACUGGCCUUACCUGGUUUUGUGUUGCUACUGUUGCCUAUGGAAUUGGAUUCAGUAUUGGAAGUCUUGGUCUGAACCUGUACCUCACUCAGUUUGUGUACGGAGUCAUCGAGAUUCCCUCUAAACUCGGUGUGUACUACCUGCUCGACAGGAUCGGCAGACGGACCACAGUGGUUGGAGCUCUGCUACUGGCUGGUUUUAGUCUCGUGAUUAACACAUUCAUUCCCAAAGAUCAGACAGUGGUUCGGACGGUUAUAGCUGUCUUGGGUCGAGGCUGCUCAGGUGCCUCCUUUAUGACAACAAUAUUGUACAGCUCCGAACUCUACCCAACUGUUCUCAGGCAGAACGGGAUGGGCUACAACUCCUUCUUGGCUCGACUGGGCGUGUCUGUGGCUCCUCUGAUCCUCCUGCUGGACGAUGUGUGGGGUCACCUGUCCCAAGUGAUUCUGUGUUCCGUUGCGCUGUUUGCUAGUUUGGUUGCCAGUCAGCUGCCUGAGACCCGAAACAGGUGUCUGCCUGAGACUAUAGAGGACAUUGAGGGGACGAAGAAAAAGCUCAGUGACAUCAUUUCAGAGUGAACGGCUGACCAGGUAACUAUCAUGACCUCUCAUAGGACUCGGAAUGGGGUCAGAUCCUGAGUGGAUCAUCAGUGAUGAAUCAUGAGAAAUGAGAUUCCUAUUAAGACAGAAGGUUCUAAAAAAGUGGAAGAUGUUUAACAUCCUUCUCAGGUAAAAUGUAAAACCUAUUCAUAAGAGAAACAAGAAGCUACUAGUGUUUGUGGUGUUAAAGGACUCGUUAAGCAUCACAUGUAGGAAGUGGGGAUCAGUAGUGAGGAUAGAAGGCGUUUUGGAAAGCCUGUAUUUUGAGCUAACCAAAAUUUUGAUGUUACUUUUUGAUGUAUCAUGCAAUUAAUAUCUUUUUUCACAAUGUAUAACAUUCAGAUUUUUCACAUUAUGAACAGUAAAUACAGACACAAGUAAA